GCUUCCGGCCGCGCCCGGGGCUGAGCGGGAGCAGCGGCCGGGAACGGACCGGGAGUGAACCGGGAACAAACUGGGAACGGGGCGGCAGCCCAGGGAGAAGGAAGAUGGAAAGCACCCCCGUCCUGCUGGAGUCCAAGUCCUCCCCCAUCAACCUGCUGAACGAGAUGCAGCAGCUGCGGCUGCUGGGCCACCUGUGCGACGUCACCGUCAGCGUGGAGUACCAGGGCGUGCGCGCCGAGUUCCCGGCGCACAAGGCCGUGCUGGCCGCCACCAGCAAGUUCUUCAAGGAGGUUUUCCUCAACGAGGAGCCCGUGGGCGGCCCCCGCAGCAACGUGAUCCUCAACGAGGUGCGCGUGGCGGAUUUCGCCUCCUUCCUGGAGUUCGUCUACACGGCGCGCGUGGAGGUGGAGGAGGACAGGGUGCAGCGCAUGCUGGAGAUCGCCGAGAAGCUCAAGUGCCUGGAUCUCUCCGAGACUUGCUUCCAGCUGAAGAGGCAGAUGCUGGAGUCCGUGCUGCUGGAGCUGCAGAACUUCUCGGAGUCGCAGAAUUCCGAGGAGGAGAGCGCCGCCCGCCCCGGCGCCGUGCCCGCGGCCAAGGCCGAGCGGGAUCCCCCGGAUUGUUCCGGAGCGUCUCCCGAGGGGCCGGCUGCCAAGGCCAAGGAGAAGGCGGACAAAAAGAAGGAAGCGCUGAAGGCUCCUUACACCAAGAUCCGCAGGGCGAGCGGGCGGCUGGCCGGCAGGAAGGUGUUCGUGGAGAUCCCCAAGAAGAAAUACACGCGGAGGCUGCGGGAGCAGCAGCGGAACGCCGAGGAGGAAAAGCAGCCCAAGGGCGAGGAGGGAGAGCGGGAGCAGGAGGAGAACUCCAGCCAACCCGAGGCGGCCUCCCAGGAAAACCCCGCCAAGGGCGAGGAGGAGGAGGAGGAGGAGGAGGAGAAGAAGAAGCGCGGCGGCGCCUUCAAGUGCGGCACGUGCCAGAAGGAGUUCCUGUACGAGAAGAGCUUCCUGAAGCACAUCCAGCAGAGCCACGGCAUCGCCUCGGCGCUGGAGUUCCGCUGCGAGACGUGCGCGCAGACCUUCGCCAACCGCUGCAACCUGCGCAGCCACCAGCGGCACGUGCACAGCAGCGAGCGCCGCUUCCCCUGCGAGCUCUGCGCCAAGCGCUUCAAGAGGAAGAAGGACGUCAAGAGGCACGUGCUGCAGGUGCACGAGGGCGGCGGCGAGCGCCACCAGUGCCACCAGUGCGGCAAGGGGCUCAGCUCCCGCACGGCGCUGCGGCUGCACGAGCGCACGCACACGGGGCACAAGCCCUACGGCUGCCCCGAGUGCCAGGCUAAGUUCUCGCAGCCCUCGGCGCUGAAAACGCACAUGAGGAUCCACACGGGGGAGAAGCCCUUUGUGUGUGAUGAGUGUGGGGCCCGCUUCACCCAGAACCACAUGCUCAUCUACCACAGGCGCUGCCACACAGGGGAAAGGCCUUUCAUGUGUGAAACCUGUGGGAAGAGCUUUGCCUCCAAGGAAUACUUGAAACACCACAACCGGAUCCACACGGGAUCCAAGCCCUUCAAAUGUGAGGUUUGCUUCCGGACCUUUGCCCAGAGGAAUUCCCUGUACCAGCACAUCAAAGUCCACACAGGGGAGCGGCCGUACUGCUGUGACCAGUGCGGGAAGCAGUUCACGCAGCUGAACGCGCUGCAGCGGCACCACCGCAUCCACACCGGCGAGAAGCCCUUCAUGUGCAACGCCUGCGGCCGCACCUUCACCGACAAAUCCACCCUGCGCCGGCACACCUCGAUCCAUGACAAAAACACCCCCUGGAAAUCCUUCCUCGUCAUCGUGGAAGGAGCCGCAAAGAACGACGAGGGGCACAAAACGGAGCUUCCUGAUGAGGAAUACGAGGUGUCCCCCAAAAUCCCGGAAAAGCUGCUGUCCUUCCCAGAGAACAGCCCCUACCAGAGCCUGGCAGCAGUCCCAGGAAGUGGGAAUUCCAGCACGGACUGUAAGGCCUCUGGAGCACAGGAGUCCCUGCUGGGAGAGCUCACUGUGCUCCACACGCAGACGGACUCUGGGCAGCCCCAGCUCCAUGCCCUGGUGAACAUGGAAUAAUUUGGGAUUGCCUCCUGCUCCUUAGGCUGCACCCCUUGUACAGUCCUUGGCCUGAGGGAGGCUGGUGGUGGGAAGCUGGGAAAGUGUGGGUUUCCAGCUUUCCUCUGGAAAUUCCUUCCCCAGCUCCAUCUCCUGAUGGUCGGGCAGGGUGGCACCACACCAGGGAAUUAGUGGGAGUUGAUCCCCUAGGAAUUCAGGGGGUGGCUCAGGUACCUUGGUGGUGCAGGUUUGUUUUCCAGGGAAUUCAAUGCCACAUGGACAAUCAGGAGAACCGAUGUUUCUCUAUGACAUUUGCUAUGUUUUCCCCAGUGGAAUUUCAUCCAGGAGAAGUCUGGCUAAAUUUGCUUUUCAGGAAAUGUUGGUUUCUCUCUGCUUUUGCCAAAGAUCCCAACGAGUGGGAGCAGCUUUGGAGUUUCAUUCCAGGAGUUUGGAGUCUCUGAGCAGCAAAAAGGGGCAGGUGGCAGCCAAGUGCUGCUUCCUUGGUUUUACAAUUGCAGGGAAACUGGAGCAGUCUGGCACUUGGAUCCUGUCAGUUCUCACCUUCCAGCUGCUCCAGCUCCCAUGGAAUUCGGAGAACAAGACAUCUCCUAGAGCUGUGCUGGAAGGGGCUCAGUUCAGAGGCUUUUCCUGCUCCAUUUUUAGUGGAAUAGGAUUUGAGGGAUUUCCCCUGGGCAGGGAAGGAGCCUUGGAGUGUUGUUCCAGCUGGGCUGACUCCUGGUUUUUCACAACAGCAGCUCAGUGUGCUAUGGUUUAAUGCCUCAAACCUUGGGAUGGGCUUCCCAGUGUAAAAACCCACUUGUCCCAUUCUUUUUCCCAUUUUUUUUUGCCUGUUCCUGUAGUAUUCCCACAGCAGUUCCUCAGCCGAAGCUGUGAGCAGAACUUUGGGAAAGGUAAGCACAAUCCAGCCUGGUGAGAUCCAGCAAUAAAGACCCCCCCCCACCUGUGGCACAGAGCUAUUUUUUGGGAUAAAGGGAUGGCAGAGGCUUUCUCAUGGAACUCUAAGAUAGAAAAAAGGGAAUUUUUGUACCAGAGGACAUUUCCAAGAGGUUAUAUUUGAGAUAUUUAUUCCUGCUGGAGCUCAGUUAUUCCCAAUGGAAGGAAAGGGGUUGUAGAUAUAUUUAAGGGCUGAGCGCUGGGAUCUGGAGCCGGGGAAUGUUUUGUAAGUGAGUUACUUGUUUGAGCUGUUCCUAAUAAAAUAUGGAAUAUGGA